AUGAUGUCAACUGACCUGGUGGCUACAGUCAAAACCAGCGGUGUGCCCCCCUUCGUUUCUCUACUUUCUACAUUCUCUGUACACUACACAAUCAUGCCUCACAAGCUGAACAGCUCAAACUUGUCCCAAAUUGCGGGUGACCAGGUCAAGGUCCCUACCUACCAGCGCGGUGCCGCUGUCAAGGAGGGCAUUGUCCACAUCGGUGUGGGUGGCUUCCACCGAGCUCACCUGGCUGUCUAUGUUGAUAAAUUGAUGCAAAACCAUGGCAUGACCGACUACGCCAUCUGUGGUGUGGGUCUACAGCCAUUCGAUGCUGCCAUGCGGGACGUUCUCAACUCCCAAGAUCAUCUUUACACUGUCAUUGAGCGUUCUGCCAAGGGAAGCUUCGCCAAUGUCGUGGGCAGCAUCAAUUCCUACCUCUUUGCCCCUGAUGACAGAGAGGCGGUCAUUGCCAAGAUGGCUCACCCAGACACCCACAUUGUCUCCCUCACCAUCACCGAGAGUGGCUACUAUUACAACGAGAACAGCCACGAGCUGCAGAGCGAACACCCAGACAUCCAGCACGAUAUCGACCCAGCCAACGAGAAGACCCCCCGCACAACCUUCGGCUUCCUCUACGCUGCCCUGGCCCGCCGCCACCAGCAAGGCCUCAAGCCUUUCACCGUCAUGUCCUGUGACAACAUGCAGAAGAACGGUUCCAUCACACGCCACAUGCUCGAAUCCUUUGCUCGUCUCCGCAACCCGGAGAUCGCCAAGUGGAUUGCUGAGAAGGGUGCUUUCCCCAAUGCCAUGGUCGACCGAAUCACCCCGCAGACAUCGGCCAACGACAAGACCACCCUGGCAAGCGACUUUGCCAUUGAGGAUGCCUGGCCCGUCGUGACAGAGCCCUUCAUGCAGUGGGUCAUUGAAGACCAGUUCUCCGACGGCCGUCCCCAGUUCGAGAAGGUCGGCGUCCAAGUCGUGAAUAAUGUCCACGACGUCGAGGAGUUCGAAAAGCACAAGCUUCGCUUGCUCAAUGGCAGUCACUCCGCUAUUGGAUACCCAGGCCAGCUUGCUGGCUUCAAAUACGUCCACGAAGUCAUGGAAGACCCACUGUGCAGCAAGUUCGUCUGGCAGAUGAUGCAAGAAGAGGUCAAGCCCCUUCUCCCUGAUAUUCCUGGCGUCAAUAUCGACGAGUACUGCCACACUUUGAUCGAGCGAUUCUCAAACCCCACUAUCAUGGACCAGCUGCCCCGUGUCAGUCUCAAUGCCUCUGGCAAGAUCCCCCAGUUCAUCAUGCCUUCAAUCGCCGAAGCAAUCUGGGGAACUAAGCCUUUCGGUCGUCUGUGCUUUGUCGCCGCUGCCUGGUUCCGUUACAUCCUCGGUGUCGAUGAUAAUGGCAAUACCUUCAAGGUUGAAGACCCUAUGCUCGAGCUCCUUGAGGCCAAGGCCCGUGCUGGCGGUACUAAGCCCCACGAGCUGCUUUCCAUUAAGAACCUGUUCGGCGACGACUUGCGAAACGACGAACGCUUCAUUAAGGAAAUCACCACUGCCAUGGAAGACAUUGCCCGUGAUGGCAUCAUGAAGACCAUGGCCAAAUAUGUGAACUAG